UCCAUGGCGGGGAUGGCUGCUAAAAUCAUUCACUAGUUUUAAUUAAAACAUUGGUUUUUUAUAAAAGAACUUUUCUGGGUAUAAUUUAAACUGGACUGGUUAGGUUGGUUGAUAAAAUAUGACACUAGAGAAUAGUGAGGCUUCACCCUUAGCAGAAGUUGAUGCUUUAAGUAACGAAUUGGAUUAUAUUAGUGAUAUUAUCGAAAAGAAAGAAGUCAAAGAAAAUGAUAUAGUUCCUUUUAAAGAUACUUCACCCUGCGAAGAAUUACAUGGUAAAGCUGAGCCGCCAACUUCUCUCCAGAACAUGGUAAGCCCCUCCUUAUCCUUUCUAGCUCGUCCUCGCACUUUUGAGCAGGCUAUUAAAAAAGAAUAUACUUUUUGGAGUCAACAGCCUGUGGUUAAGCUUGGAGAAGUUGUAAGCACUUUUGGGCAAAUUGAGGAUAAUAAAGGUGUAGUGUCUUCGCUGCCUAUUAAAGUAAACGAGAACUUUGAAUGGUCGGAACUAGAUGUGCUGGAUCCUCUACAGCUGGACGAGCUCCACUCGCUUCUCGCCGAGAAUUAUGUUGAAGACCUCGAUAGAAAGUUCCGUCUUGACUACUCUAAACCCCUUUUGCUCUGGGCGCUGACACCACCUAAUUGGAAGGCCCAGUGGCAUGUAGGGCUCCGCGCCCGGACUGCUUCUAGGAAGCUCGUAGCCUUUAUUUCAGCUGUUCCAGUGGUGUUAAGAGUUGGCCCUCAAUCCAAAGUAAGUGCAGUGGAGAUAAAUUUUCUGUGCGUCACGAGAAAGAUUCGGAAGAAGCAGGCGGCGGUUGUCCUUAUAAAGGAAAUCACGCGAAGAGUGCAUCUCGAAGGCAUUUUCGUAGCUGCGUACACCGCAGGGACGUACCUGCCCUCCCCCGUUAGCUCGUGCAGAUAUUGGCACCGCACUUUGAACUGUAGACUUAUGGUAGAAGUUGGCUUUACGGAUCUUCCGACUUACCAAACUCUCAAGGACAUGAUUCACAUGUUUAGGCUCCCCGCAGCGACCUCGACUGUUGGGCUUCGUCCCUUGCAGGAGCACGAUUGCAAGAAGGCGUUGAGUCUUUUGAGGGAUUACUUGUUUCAACGUACCACUGUUCAUCCCGUUCAGACUCUAGAUGACUUCAAGCACUGGUUCCUCCCCAGAGAGGGUGUAGUUUACAGCUAUGUCGUGGAAAGCCCGAGGAGCAAAAGCAUCACUGGUUUCAUGAGUUUUUAUAUGCUGAAUUCUAGAGUUAUUGAUCAUCCAAAGCAUAAAGAAAUUCGAGCCGCAUAUAUAUAUUAUGUUGUUGCGGGAAAGAACAAUUUGCUCGUUUUGAUGAAGGAUCUGCUGAUCCUUGCCAAGAAGUUGGACGUUGAUGUGGUCAAUGGCUUGGACGUUAUGGAUAACGGCAAGGUUUUCAGAGACCUCAAGUUUGGAAAAGGCGACGCAAAUCUUCACUACUAUUUAUACAACUACCGCUCUCCUCCUACGCGCCCGGAAAACAUUGGCCUCGUCUUUUUGUAAAAAAAGAGCUUCACUAGAUAAUAAAACCCAU